AUGGAUACAAAUAUCUUAGAAUAUUUCAAACAAACGCCAUCAGAAAAUUAUUUCAUUUUUAUACCAAUCUUGAUUGUCGUCAUAUUGUGGAUUAUCGAAGGAAAAUUCCCAGUUUACCUAAUCAUUGUAAUUGCAUGCUUUGCUCUGUACAAUUUAAAACGGGAAACCGAUAUCACUCUUACUUCACUAAAAGAUGCGCAGAAACUUCUAUCCGAAGACGUUAAUCAAAAAUUUGAUGACCUUACUGAAAAAAUCCAAUUGCUAUACGAAGAGAUGCAACAAAAACAAACUUCGGGAGGUGCUUCAAGUGAAUUGACAAAUAGUUCUCAAGAAGAAGAACGUUCAAAGCUGAAACACCCAAAUUACUGGGAUCGAGAACCUAACACUUGGGGAAGCAUAAAAGAUUGGGACUUUUACUUGCUUAAAAACCUAGACUCGUCACAGGUUAAUAAACGUAUUUCUCACUCAGCCUUGGGUGGUGAGCUAAGAUGCUUGAAGCAGAUGUAUGAUGAAAACCAUCCUAUUUAUAAGACGAAAAGUGAUAAUAAAAUUUGGAAGAAGAAGGAACAAAUCUCAUCUUUACUUUUGGAGGCUGAUGUGGUUGAUCUGGAAUUGGAAAUCGCCCAGAAAAGGGGAAGACAUGAUGUUCAUCAAAUAGCAAGACGAGGAUAUAAAAAAUAUUCAGACAUAGAAUUUGGUCUAGAGGAGAGGGUGCAGAAGAAGAUCAAACCAAAUGAAAAUAAUGAAGAGGAGGAACCCAUUUCAAGUGAUGUCUCACUUGAUUUGCAGUCUCAGGCUCAACAACGAACUCCUGAACGCCAGUUCAGUCCAUUAACUGUGCCUGAGAUUGCCAAUGAUGAACCUCAGCCGAUCUGUUGGGAGUUCGAUGAACCAAUGCCAACCUGGCUAGAGAAAGUAGUAAGACGACAAGAGUUUUUGACCUCACAAACGGAUCCGUCUGACAGAUAUGAAUCGUCACUAAAGUAUUUUUUUUUUGCUAUUUGA